GGAAAAGGGUUUGCUUGCUUCUUGCUUGCUUUCAAAAACCGUUUCUUUGAAGAGACAGAGGAAGCAAAGCAACAAUGCACAAGUGUGCAGUGUGUGGCAUCGCCCUCUCCUCUGAGGAUCAGUAUGCGGAACAUGUAAAAGGCAAGCGACACAAGCGCCAGGUGGAGAUCUUCCAGCACCGCGAGGAAGAAGCCAGGCGCAGCCUCUUCGUGCCACUGAACGCGAAAACUGGCAACGAUAAGACAGUCAUUCGCAGCGCCUUUGAGCAGCACGGGCCCAUCUCACGUGUCAUCGUUGACCCAAACAAGGGGGCAUUUGCCAUCAUUGAGUUUGCGUCUGCUGAUCCUGUGACCAAGCUCCUCAGCGAGGGCCAGCACAUUGUCCACGACGGUGUCAAGUUCAAGUACCUGCCACGCAAAGUGCAACUCAAGCCCGUGGCUGGCGCAAAGGGGAACGGUGACGACAAGCGGCGUGCACGCGCCAAACCCGCGACGGCAGCAUCGUCGUCGGCGGCGCAUGCAAGACCAGCCAAGAUCACCCCGACAAAGCCCGACCCCAUUGAGAAGCAAACCGUGCGCGGCACGCUGCUUGCUGUGCCCUACGACUUCCCGCCAAUCGCGUACGUGCCACCUGACACCGCCACGCCGCGCUCGCAGGAGCACCUACGCAAGUUUGGGCAGCAGGUGCAGAUGGUGGUGGGCCACCUGAAGCAGAAGCCAAGCGUACAGGCGACGCACGAGCGCGUGCUGAAGGAGCUGGACACCGUCGUGCGUGCAUGCGCACCUGAUGGGGUUCCCUCCGUUGACCGCGAGCGGCCCUUUGUCGUGGCUGUUGGCUCGCUGGUCACUGGGCUCGCCCGUGAAGGAAGCGAUGUUGACGUCAGUGUCAGUGCGCCCUGGCUGACCGGUCGCGACGGCCUCCACACCCUUGCACAGGCCCUUCGUUCCGCCCAGCACUUUGGCCAAGUGCUGUGCCUGCCUGAGGCGCGCUGCCCAAUCAUCAAGGCCGUUCAUCUCACCACAAGCACGCCAAUUGAAGUCUCCUUGCACAACAGGCUUGCGGAGCGCAACACGCAGCUCGUUGACCACUAUAUGCGGUUGUGGCCUGGAUUUCGCACCUUGGUUCGCGCUGCCUGCAUCUGGUUCAAGGCGCUCGCCGUCCCUUGGUCAAGCUACUUUGUCACGCUCCUCGCCAUUCGAUACAUGCAGAUGAAGCACGAGGUGCCGAGUCUGCAGCAGAUUGCGGCAGACAGCAUCAACGUCCAGGAGGGCUGUGCACCCGCAUGCGAGCAGUGCGCACUUGAAUGGUCGCUUCGUAUGGGCGAUGACGAUGGCUCCCAGUCCCACAAGCGCACCAAGGCGCAGCUAGGAGACUCAGAGGCGUUUGUGACGAUCCAUGAGCACGACUGCAUGUUCUGUCCGCAUCAGCAGCCGUCGCAUUAUGGGCUCGACAUUGCCGCGGAUCUGGCGCUUCUUGGACACGUCUUUCUCGACUUUUUUGACUUUGUUGCCGCAUGGAUGGCUGUGCACCCGGACAUUGUGAUGGACAUUCGCCCGCCUGGUGCUGUGCAGUCGAGUGUGUCGAGGGAGGCCUUUUUGCAGCACGAUUCUGCGAUUGGUGGCGCUGCUGGCCUUGUCUUUGUGGAUCCAUUUGAUCGCACACACAAUGUCGCUCGUAAUGUCACCGCACGACACAGCAGGGUCGCUGUGGCCGGGGUGUGCUGGCUGUUUGAUGAAUGGCUGCGGAAGAGCGGCAAGCGCUUCAGUUUCCAUACACACUGCAUGUACAUGGACAAGAUCAUGGCCGGCGUGCAGCAGUUUUGUGAGGAGCUUUCCUUCACUGUCCGCGACCCAGCUGACGGCGAGGGUGUUGACAGCGGUGUUCGAGGCGCUUUCGAUGCCAUCCCCGACAUGGCAGGCACCUCUGUCAUCCUGGAGGCAGCAGAGGUGACAUGGGUCAAUCGCCGCCGUCGACGAAGACAACAGCAACUUCAGCAGCAACAGUCUGAGGCGGCUACGGGUGAUGGCAACAUCAGCAAUACUGGCAGCGCCACCAUGCCCAUGGAGCAUGAUGCGUCGUCGCCUGUGCUGCAAGUGGUGGUGCGAGUGCAGCCGCCGUAUCUGGCUGCAGAUUGCAUGCAUGCAUCGGAGCACUUGCCCACGGGCUUUGAAACGUGGGCGGCCCUGUUUAAGAAGCAGCUGCUUGGCACUCUCAAGCACCAGCCAGUCACAAGUGGCAGUGGUGAUUGUGAGGGCGGCGAUAAGGCGCCAACGCCCACUUCAUCCACUCCCGCAGCGUGAUGGCGGCUUUGAGCGUUGCUCUCUGUCUCUGUCUCUGUCUCUGUCUCUGUCUCUGUCUCUGUCUCUCUGUCUGUCUCUCUCUGUCUCUCUGUCUCUGUCUGUCUCUCUGUCUCUCUCUGUCUCUCGCUCUCUCUGGUUCUGUGUGCGUGUGUGUGCACUUCAAGAGCCCGCUUCCUUCAUAACUUUCACGAGCGUGAAGCAUACAGUCCAACACCGUGCAUGCAUGCUCGCUUCCAUGUGGGUGGCCAUGCUGACAACAGCACACUCUUACACCAGCAGUUGUAUUGGGAAGAACACUGAACGAG